AAUCUAAGUAGCCUCUGCGCCAGUGCGCCUCUCUCUAAGCUCCCGCGAAACCCUAAUAAUGGCGAUCGACAAAAUCGAACCUAGCAAGCUCCGUUGGGGAGAGCUAGAGGAAGACGACGAUCUCGACUUCUUGUUACCACCCAAGGAAGUUAUUGGCCCUGAUGAAAACGGAAUAAAAAAGGUGAUCGAAUACAAGUUUAACGAAGAAGGUAAUAAGGUCAAAAUAACGACGACGACCCGAGUCCGAAAACUGGCGAAGGCCCGUAUGAGUAAGCGGGCGUUGGAGAGGAGGAAUUGGGAGAAGUUCGGUGAUGCGGUACGUGAAGAUGUUGGGAGUCGUCUCACUAUGGUUUCAACUGAAGAGAUCCUUCUUGAACGGCCCAGAGCCCCUGGUACCAAACAGGAAGAAAUGAAGGUUGCAGGGGACAGCUUGGCUCAGCUUAGCAAAGGAGGUGCCGUGCUUAUGGUGUGCCGUACGUGUGGCAAGAAAGGUGAUCACUGGACUUCCAAAUGUCCUUACAAGGAUCUUGCUGCUCCAGUCGAAACCUUUGUUGAGAAACCUGCAGCAUCUGAGGCCUCGGUGGCUGCUCCUGGAGCUGGAAAGGGAGCCUACGUCCCACCAAGCAUGAGAGCAGGUGCGGAGAGAACCACUGGAUCGGAUAUGAGACGUAGGAAUGAUGAAAACUCAGUGAGGGUAACCAACUUAUCUGAGGACACCCGGGAGCCUGACUUGCAUGAGCUUUUCCGACCAUUCGGUGCCGUGACUCGUGUGUAUGUCGCAAUGGAUCAAAAGACGGGCACAAGCAGAGGGUUCGGUUUCGUGAACUUUGUGAACAGAGAGGACGCCCAGAGAGCUAUCAACAAGUUGAACGGAUAUGGUUACGACAAUCUCAUCCUUAGAGUUGAGUGGGCGACUCCAAGAACAAACUAGAAAGAUUAUCAUCCUUAGAGAGGACGCCCAGAGAGCUAUCAACAAGUUGAACGGAUACGGUUACGACAAUCUCAUCCUUAGAGUUGAGUGGGCGACUCCAAGAACAAACUAGAAAGAUUAUCAUUUUCAUGGGGUUUAGCGUGUUCUCUCUAACGUUGUCAACUGUCUGAAAGUGCAGAUUUUGGCCGUUUUCCCCGUUUUAUUUUCUUUUAAGUUUAUGUUCAUGCAUGACUUUGUGCUUUAAUUGAGAUUUUAUUAAUUUUAGUUGAA